AUGGAUUUUGAAUAUGACAGUUCUCAAACUGUUCUGAAAAACACAGAAAAACUUCUGUUGGAUAAUAUUUUUUUGGAUUUUACUGUCAAGGUUGAUGACGUUUCCUUGCCAUGUCACCGUAUUUUUCUGGCAGCGUCGUCACAUUUCUUCAGAGCACUUUUAAUGACAGACAUGAAGGAGGCUAAAGAGGGUUGUGUAACGAUCAAUGGGAUUUCUCUUAAAACAUUUCAACACAUUUUGAAGUCAAUGUAUACUGGAAAAGUUCCUCUGACGAAAGAUAAUUUUAUAGACAUAUGGCAGGCAGCGGAUCAACUACAGAUAGACUUCAUAGUUACACACUGUGAGGAUUUCGCUACAAAGGCCAUUUCUGUUGAAAACAUUGAAAACGUUGUGAGUACAGCUAAAGCUUUUAAAUCCGAAAAAGUGUUGAAUGCUUCAAAAUCUUUUCUGUUAAAUAACUUUGGCAUAAUUAUGAACGACAAGCAUAUAAUGGAGCUCGAAGUUAAAGAUUUCAAUGAAUUGAUUGAUUCUCGGGACCUAAAAGUAGAAAACGAAGACUGGGUCAUACAAACAGUGUUAAAGUGGGUUGAGUACAGGUCUGAAGAGAAAUGCAGUGUUGAAUAUGAAGAAGUUUUCACUGACAAUAAAGAUAACACUACAAAUAGUUCAAAUGAUGAAUCUGGUAAAAGUCUUCAUGCAGCCAAUAAACAAAUGUUGAAUAAAAUAAGUCACAGAACUCAAGUCUUGACAACAUUAUUGAAGUCUGUGAGGACGUGUCUUGUGAGUACACAACUUCUAAAAGAUCUGCUAAAACAUUGA